AUGUGUACCUACAGCAUUUUCGCAGGAGAAGCCCAAGCAAAAACUUCGUUGCAGAAGGAGAACUUGAAGAACCAGAUUAUGACCACAAACCUGUGGGUGGAGCAGUCGUGGUAUGACUACAAGCUGCGCUGGGAGCCGCGGGAAUACGGAGGAGUGCACAUGCUGCACGUGCCGUCCGACCACAUCUGGCGGCCCGACAUCGUGCUCUACAACAAUGCCGACGGCAACUUCGAGGUAACAUUGGCGACCAAGGCGACCAUCUACCACCAGGGGCUAGUCGAAUGGAAACCGCCUGCCAUUUACAAGUCUUCCUGCGAAAUUGACGUCGAAUAUUUUCCGUUCGACGAGCAAACAUGCGUUCUUAAGUUCGGUAGCUGGACGUACGACGGAUUCAAGGUGGACCUGAGGCACAUGGAUGAGCAGGCCGGCAGCAACGUGGUCUCCGUGGGCGUGGACCUCUCCGAGUUCUACAUGUCCGUGGAGUGGGACAUCCUCGAGGUGCCUGCGGUUAGGAACGAGAAGUUCUACACGUGCUGCGACGAGCCCUACCUGGACAUCACCUUCAACAUCACCAUGCGGAGAAAAACGCUGUUCUAUACCGUCAAUAUCAUCAUCCCCUGUAUGGGGAUAUCAUUCCUCACAGUCCUCACAUUUUAUUUGCCUUCAGACAGCGGGGAAAAGGUAACACUAUCAAUAUCAAUAUUGAUUAGUCUCCACGUGUUCUUCCUGCUAGUUGUUGAAAUCAUCCCUCCGACUUCACUGGUUGUGCCCCUCCUGGGAAAAUACCUUAUAUUCGCUAUGAUCCUCGUUUCAAUCAGUAUAUGCGUGACGGUGGUGGUGUUAAACGUCCACUUUAGGUCACCGCAAACGCACAGGAUGGCGCCGUGGGUCAAGAGGGUGUUCAUCCAUAUCCUGCCAAGGCUGCUGUUCAUGAAACGACCGCAGUACAAAUUCGACACGACGAGAUCACGGUAUACAGCGUGUGGCGUCGUGGUCCGAUGCGGGGGCGCCGCGCGGCCGCUAUACCCGUACCGGUUAGCGGCAGCCGAUGAUGACUGCUGUGCGCCGGGUGCUUGGCCCCCGCCCGCAGCGCCACCGCGCCCACUCACGCGCACUCCUAGCAAGGAAGACCUCACGCACACCACUUACCUCAACUCAGGCAGUAUGGGGGAAAGCAACCGCUUUGGCGGCAGUUGUGUAGUGCACGGGUCCACCGAAGGCGGCGGCGCUGGGCUCGCGGGGGCCGACGAGGAGACCCUCAGUCCCGUGCCCGACCCCCCACCAGGGUUCAGCCACUCAGCCUGCCCGCCAGAAGUCCACAAGACUUGCUUCUGCGUCAGGUUCAUCGCGGAACACACGAGAAUGCUCGAAGAUUCCACUAAGGUCAGUAUAAAUUUAAACCAUUUACAGUGACAGUCCUGAAAAUUUUCUUUCACUUUCAGUGUGGAAUAUUGUGAAAAUAACAAAAUAAUCUAUGGUCAUUGUUUAUUGUUUUUGUCUAUGGCAAUAAAAGUUAGUCUUAAAAAAACCG